AUGGAGUAUAAACCAUUAUUUUAUAGUAUAAGUCCAAUAAAAUUAAUUAUUGAAGAAAGGGAACAAUUUAAUGCAUUAUCAGAAUUAGAAAAAUAUUCAAAUAUUGCAGUCCCAGAAAUAUAUUUAGGUAAUUCACCCGGAGCAUUAAAUGAAACAUUAAAAAUAUUUUUAAAAAAUAAUAAAAAUUAUAAUGGACCAUUAGUUAUUGCAGUCAAUGGACAUAGUAUUGAAAGUGGUAAUGUUUAUAGUGGUAAAUUUAUUGACCAUGAAUUUAAAGAACAAUUUAUAUUUGAUCCAGUAAAACUAUGGUCAGGUUAUUUAUAUUUAGAUGGUUUAGAGAAAUUACUUAAAGAAUAUUGGAAUGGUAAAAAAGUUUACAUUGUUUUCGUUCAUUGUACAGGUGAUAGUAUUUUAUUUUUAGAGAAUUUAAAUAAACAAUUUCAAAAGGAAUGUCCAACUCAACCAAUUCCAUCCAAUGUUUCAUUUGUUGCAUUAAAUGGUUCAAUUGAGAAUGAUUUAUCAAGACAAGUUCAAUUAUGUAAAUGGUUAAAUUUAAAAUUUAAAAAUUCUCAAAAAUCAAUCAUUGAACCAAUUCAAAGUCCAACAAUUGCGACAAAAUUACAAAUUUCAAAUAAUCCACAAUAUUCAUCACUCUUUAAAAAUGAAAUUGAUUAUCAAAAUAAUAUAAUCCAUUCAUGUUCUGAAUUAACAAAUAAUCAAAUUAAUUCAUAUAAUUUUUAA